ACUGAUGCCAUCACCAUCACCAUCAUCCUCCAGGAGCUGCAAAGAUCAAUCGUGAAAGACGACUGUAAGCGAGCCUCGGCCAUUGAGUCCACUUUAUCAGAGGCUUCAGCAGAGACGAGAGGAUCGGAGGCAGGAAUCUGGGGCAAUGGCCGGUAUUUUGGCGUGGUUUUGGAACGAGAGGUUUUGGCUGCCUCACAAUGUAACCUGGGCUGACUUAAAAAACACGGAUGAGUCAACCUUCCCGCAAGCGGAGGAUCUGUAUCUGGCAUGUCCUUUAGCCUUCUGCGUCUUCAUGAUCCGACUCGUGUUCGAGAGGUUCAUUGCAAGACCUUGUGCUCUGGCACUGAAAAUACAAGCAAAUGGACCUCAGAAGGCUCAGCCCAAUGCCAUUCUGGAGAAGGUCUUCACUGCUAUCACCAAGCAUCCUGAUGAGAAGAGGUUAGAGGGUCUGUCUAAGCAGCUGGAUUGGGACGUGAGGACAAUCCAGCGUUGGUUUCGGCAGAGACGCAACCAGGAGAAACCCAGCACGCUGACCCGUUUCUGCGAAAGCAUGUGGAGGUUUACCUUCUAUCUGUACAUAUUUACCUAUGGGGUGCGGUAUCUUAAAAAGACCCCAUGGCUGUGGAACACUAGAGAAUGCUGGUACAACUACCCCUAUCAGGCUCUAACGGUGGACCUGCAUUACUACUACAUCCUGGAACUAUCCUUCUACCUGUCACUGCUCUUUUCCCAGUUUACAGACAUCAGGAGGAAGGACUUCCUACUCAUGUUCAUGCAUCAUGUUGCCACCAUCUCCCUGAUCACCUUCUCCUAUGUGAACAACAUGGCUCGAGUGGGAACGCUUGUCAUGUGCCUCCAUGAUGCUGCAGAUGUGCUGCUGGAGGCUGCAAAAAUGGCCAACUAUGCCAAGUGCCAGAGGCUGUGCAAUGUCCUGUUCAUCAUGUUCGGCUUGGUGUUCAUCAGCUCCAGGCUGGGCAUAUAUCCUGUUUGGAUUUUGAACAGUACUCUGUUUGAAAGCUGGGAAAUUGUGGGGCCCUACCCAUCCUGGUGGGUGUUUAACACACUGCUGGUGCUGCUGCAGGCUCUGCACACUUUCUGGUCCUAUCUGAUAGUCAAGAUCGCCUGCAGAGCCAUCUCCAGAGGCAAGGCGGGAAAGUGGAAUCCUUUACAUGUGUCAAAGGAUGACCGAAGCGACAUCGAGUCAAGUUCUGAUGAAGACGAAGUCCCUCCCCCAGCUCAGAAAAACCACACUAAUGGGACCAAUGGGGCCCAUGGCACGAACGGCUACCUGUCCACGUCCCCCUGUCAUGAUGAACACUAAGCGUCCUGCCGCCCUUUUACGUUCCUGUGGAGCCCAGUGCAGCCUGGUUCAUUGGUCUGUACAGUACUUGUGUGUGUCAAAACAUGAACAAUGUUGCUUGUCUGGUACUGGAAGUUCUUAAAUAGAAUACUGUGAAUGCAGUUCUGUUUCAGUAUGAUUCUUUCUACACGCUUUCUUUUUCAUUUCUGUUUUCUUGUUUUGUUUUCUUUGUUUACCGUACAUUUAUAGACACUUGGUUGAAUAUCAGAGCACUCCUUCCCCUAGAUACAACUUGCUUUUGUUUUUUUGUUUUUCUUAUUUUUGGGAGGGGGUUUUGGUGAAUGAAUGAGAGCAUCUCUCUUAUCAUCAUGCUAGCAUGCUGGUGUGUUCAUGUAGUUUGGUAUUAUGGGAGCGGCUAUUUUCUCAAGGUAACGUCUUUGUAUUUAUUUAUUUUUUUUAUAUCUAUAUAUAGGUUGCAAAUUUGUGGAUGAGAUUUUUUUUCUAUGUCUUAAAGCAAUUUGCUGUCGGUGUUUUGAAAUGGCACGACUAUUUAAAGUUCACUGUUUCAGGAUUCACCAAGUCUACAACUUUGACGUCCAUAUUUUCUGGUUUUAAAUCAUUACCAUAGUCACACAUAAGAGAAAACUGCUGUCUGAUAUGCUCACCGAUAAAAUGUAUGACAUGCAUUACAGAAGUGGCCAGCACACACAUGCUGUAUUUGCACUAGUGUAAUUGUACUUGGGAAUUCUGUAACAGUAUUAUGUGCUCAUGUGUUUUGUUAGAAAUGCUGCAAAAUUUGCCAUAUUGCCCUCCAUCUCAAAUCCAGCAGGACUAUAUUUCAAACAAUGGAAAAUGUUUAAAAUUAUGUUAUUACUUAAUAUUUACAUUCAUUGUGUCAAAGAAUUCCAAAUCCAAUAAACAGGUAAAUUACAGAUCUGACAAACAGCAUCAAACUAGACCAUCAAUUGACUGUAGGGCCUCCAUGACAGUGUUAUUGUUCAUCAGGUUUUAUCAGCCCUUAAACUUGAAUUCCAGACUAUGUAAUGUGUUAAAGGUAAUGGCCUUUGUCGUACAGGGACUUUCACAUUCUAAUUCUGCAUAGUGUUAAUAUCAAAUGAGUCCAAUGUAUCACAUCAUAUUUAUCUUUAAACUAUUACCAUAAAAUUCCAUUACAUGACUCCAAACCGUCCUACCAAAAAUGACACAGUGCUAGAUUGUGUAGCACGUCAGUCAUGGUAUGACGUUGUUGCGCCAUAACAAACCAUAUGCACUUCAGCAACAUACUAUGCGUCAUACAGUGGCAUUAUGUUUGCUUCUACAGCUUUAAAUGAUAUGAAUUUCCCAUUUUCCAUUGUUCUUUGUAUAAUUUAACACUUAAACCACUGAGCUAGGUGGAUGACUCAUUAAAAUGCUGUUGGGGUAAAGCUUUUGUUUUUGAGUAUUUUUAAGCCGAUCUGUUAUUUCUGUGUUCUGAAGGUCACUGCUGCAGUUUAUUAGCAAGCUGUGGAGAGGAAGUGCAGCUAAUUAGCCAUUGUCUCUCUGCACUGCAGACAGUGCGCUGAUGCUGGAUUAUGUGGUUUCCACUUGAUGUCAGAAAAAAUGGUAUAUUCAAAGGCUUUGGUUUUCUAUCUUUGUUUGAACGUCAAAUUAUGAACAGUACAAAUGAAAAAUGUUGCCAUGUAUUUUGAAUAAACACGACAGACAAAAGAAUUCUGAAA